AUAAAAGCGGGGCGGAAGGGCGACGCGUCGCUGGCAACGAACGGGUCGCGGGCCUCACGACCGCAGAACGGACCGAGAUGUGCCCCGGAAGCGCGUAACGAACAGCCCCCACGACCACCAGACGUGAACCGCGGCGGGAAUGGCGACGGGCGGCGCCUCUGCCACCGCGACCAAGGAGGGCGCGUCGCCCGCCGGGGGCGACGACUCCUCCGAGAGCGACGGCGAGACGGAGCCGGCGAGGUCGUUCCAUCGGCGGCUGUCCACCAACCGGGACAUCAAGUGUUCGGCGUCCAUCAAGGAGGGCUACCUGCUGAAGCAGACGUGGAGGUUCCAGCGUUGGCGCAGACGCUACUUCAAGCUGAAGGGACGCAAACUUUAUUAUGCCAAAGAUACAAAGGAAAAUCAACCGUUGAGAAGUGGUUUGCUAAGUUUAAACGAGGCGAAAUGAGCACCGAGGACGAUGCACGCACCGACGAAAACAUCAAAAAAGUCCACAAAAUACUUUCG